GAGAGAAGUGAGCAGAGAACAGAGCUGGGGAGAACUAGUGGCCCACGCUGGGUCAACAACGAAAUAAAGAACAGGGUCAGAGGCACCAGCAGCAAUGUGGCAGUCACGUUGUCUGCUACUCCUUUGCACGUCUCCUUGGUUUCUGCCCUAGGAGGUCCCAUGUGGUUCAGCUACAGAAAGCAAACUGAGAAUUGCUGAAUUGCUCUUCACCAUAGUAAAGGAUUCCAGAAUUAGGUUUAUCUUCUACUUGGUCAAAGACUACAGAAAACACCCCCAACACACCCAUGGUGCCAGGAAGCUGCUGGAGACACGGGGCCUGAGAUCAUUAAACAAAAGCAAUUAUACAGCUGAUCCAUCACAAGAACAUGUCCCCAGCCGAGGUCAUCAAUUCCCAGCAGAGAGAAGAUAGAAGCCAAGAAACUACCAAGAGCUGAUUAGAAUAUGUGUGUCUUGAAGAUAAAAAAAAAAACAAAAUAAAAACCUGUUGCUCCUACAAUGAUAACACAUCCUGGGAACAGACACAAGCCACAGCAUCACCGCACCACACAUUCUAUAGUGGGGACAGGCUGAUCUGUUGGAGUCUGAACCACUCACCUCUGAAUCGGAAGGGGGCUGGGCUACACUCGAAUAACUGUCAUUUUCCAGCACUAGCAGCUGACAUAUAACAGGUGCAUAAUAAACACUAGCUGGAUCCACACAGGUUUGUUUCCAUUUGCUGCCUGAUUCUCUGAAGAAAAAGAAAUACAUGGAAACAUCUAACGAUGAGCAAAGGAAAUGUAUAAAUCAUAAGCUAAUUUAGAGGUGUGUUAGGAUCCAGCCAAAAUGAUGAAAGUGAUGGCACAGUUCAGCUUCUGCCUCUGCAAGCACAGACUUGUUUCUCUGUCCACAGAAAUGACAAGGACCAAAAGCUGUAGUUCAUCUUCUUCAGGUCAAGAAGUGCUGAAAGUGACAGAAACCAAGAAAAUCAGAGAAGCACAAGGCUUGAAAGUUAGCAUAUAAGCGUUAUGGCAUUAGAUCACCUGGCUUCCUGGUCUCAGCUAUACCACAGGCUAGCUGCUAUUUUUGAGCAUGCAACCAUGGGGAAAGUGACCGCUCGUGUCAGCCGGGGAAGUCGGGGCGGUUUGGUGCCCGGGGAACGGCUGUAACUUCUACGUGACCAUGGUACCUGUUGAAAACGCAGAGGGCCCCAGUCUGCUGAAACCGAAGGGGCGCGCGGCGGAGGCUGAUGGCAGCGACAGAGCCAGCGGCGGCCCGCAUCCUCCCUGGGCGCGAGGUUGUGGCAUGUAUACGCUCCUGUCGUCUGUCACAGCUGCUGUCAGUGGCUUCCUGGUGGGGUAUGAACUUGGCAUCAUCUCUGGGGCUCUUCUGCAAAUAAGAACCUUGUUAGCCCUGACCUGCCAUGAGCAGGAAAUGGUGGUGAGCUCGCUGCUCAUCGGGGCCCUCCUGGCCUCUCUAAUCGGAGGGGUCCUGAUUGACAGGUACGGGAGAAGGGCCGCCAUCAUUUUGUCCUCCUGCCUUCUCGGACUUGGGAGCCUGGUCUUGAUUACCAGUUUAUCUUACACCACUCUGAUAGGGGGGCGCAUUGCUAUUGGAGUUUUCAUUUCACUCUCCUCCACCGCCACUUGCGUCUACAUCGCAGAAAUUGCUCCCCAACACAGAAGAGGACUUCUCGUGUCACUGAACGAGCUGAUGAUUGUCAUCGGCAUUCUUUUUGCCUACAUUUCAAAUUAUGCAUUUGCCAACACUUCCCAUGGCUGGAAAUACAUGUUCGGCCUUGUUAUUCCCUUGGGAGUUUUGCAAGCCAUUGCAAUGUACUUUCUUCCUCCAAGUCCUCGAUUUCUGGUGAUGAAGGGACAUGAGGAAGCUGCUAAUAAGGUUCUUGGAAAGCUGAGAGCUAUCUCGGAUACAACGGAUGAACUCACUGUGAUAAAGUCUUCCCUGAAAGAUGAAUAUCAGUACAGUUUUUGGGAUCUCUUUCGUUCAAAAGACAACAUGAGGACCCGAAUCAUGAUAGGCUUAACGCUAGUAUUUUUUGUACAGAUCACUGGCCAGCCAAACAUAUUAUUCUAUGCAUCUACUGUUUUGAAGUCUGUUGGCUUCCAAAGCAAUGAGGCAGCUAGCCUCGCCUCCACGGGGGUUGGGGUCGUCAAGGUCAUCAGCACCAUCCCAGCCACCCUUCUCGUAGACCAGGUUGGGAGCAAAACCUUCCUGUGUAUCGGUUCCUCUGUGAUGGCAGCUUCGUUGGUGACCAUGGGCAUCGUGAAUCUCAACAUCCACAUGAACUUCACCAGUAUCUGCAGAAACCACAGUCCUAUCAACCAGUCCUUGGAUGAGUCUGUGUUUUAUGGACCAGGUAACUUGUCAGCCAGCAAUGACACUCUUAGAGAAUCCUUUAAAGGGAUGACUUUCCACAGCAGAAGCUCACCGAGGCCCAGGAGAAAUGACAUAGUCGGGAGAGGAGAAACGACCCUGGCAUCGUUACCAAAUGCUGGACUAAGCCAAACUGAAUACCAGAUCGUCACAGACUCUGCAGAUGUCCCCACUUUUUUGAAAUGGCUUUCUUUAGCCAGCUUGCUUGUUUACGUUGCUGCCUUUUCAAUUGGUCUAGGACCAAUGCCCUGGUUGGUGCUGAGCGAGAUUUUUCCUGGUGGAAUUCGAGGACGCGCCAUGGCUCUGACUUCCAGCAUGAACUGGGGCAUCAACCUCCUCAUCUCUCUGACAUUUUUGACGGUGACGGAUCUCAUUGGCCUGCCGUGGGUGUGCUUUAUAUAUACAAUUAUGAGUCUAGCAUCCCUAGUUUUUGUUAUUGUGUUUAUACCUGAAACAAAAGGAUGCUCUUUGGAACAAAUAUCAAAGGAGCUGGCAAAAGAGAACUAUGUGAAAAACAACAUUUGCUUUAUGAGUCAUCACCGGGAGGAAUUAGUGCCAAAACAGCUUCAAAAAAGCAACCCCCAAGAGCAGUUCUUGGAGUCUAAAAAGCUACGGGGUAAGGGACAGCCAAGGCAGCUUUCUUCAGAGAUCUGAUGGCCUCAAAACCCUUCAAGGGUUGAUACAGAAAGAGAACAGUUAGGGUGUCUUCCUACCAAUAUGUAUUAGCCACUCCCACGUUUUCUGUCCUGUCAUGGAACUAGUUUAAAAUGGAUAUCCUGAAAUUAUACCAUCUUCACUCAUUACCCCGCCCCCCAAAGGAACCAUGAAAGGUGUUUGAGGAACAAGGUCCCAGGUGGUCUCUUUCUUACUCUGAGCAGGAUACCAGGAUAAAAAUAAUACCACCAGGUUCAGUAUUUUCCACCUUCUUCACAGAGCAUCCUUUGAAAGAUGAUGAACUAGUGAUGAGAGCAACUUUUAUCUUAAAGUUCGUUAUGCACAGAGGCCUGUUAUGGCUUUAUUAUUCAGACACAUAAGCUGUCUGAACAUAAGCUUAUGGUUCUUUGCCUAACACACUCCCCACACUAGGUCUGGUGUAAAAAAGAACCAAGACACAAUAUGGACAAUUGCACACAUAUUCUAGGUUAGGAUAGGGUCCUAACUGGUUAGAACUUCAGUGAUCAUUUCUAAUUAUAGUUCAACAAGUAUAAAGAUUAUCCAUCUUAUUUUAUGAAUCAUGGACUACAAUGUAAUUCAAAAUAUUCUUUUAUGAAUUUGAUGUUAGUAUUACAAAGUACUAAAAAGAAGCAACUCUGCAAUAGUUGAGAAAGAUAAGCAUUUUUUUAUCCAUUAAAAAAAUGUAUGAGUAGAAAGGAUACUUUCAAAAUCGUGGGAUCAUAUUUAUUUAGUAGUAGUUGUUAGUAAAACAUGAGAAAAGGAGUCAGUCAUUAGGUUAUUUAUCCAAAUCUGUUAAGUAGUUAGGUUUUGAGUUACUAAGUUAAGCUUACACAUGUCUCUCUUUGUAAGGCUUUCAUGAUAACUUAGAUCCAUAGUUUCCUGCAGUUCUUCACAUGCCUCAGGAAUAUCACUACCUCAGGUUACAGCCUAUGGGCUAUAAGUGAUGCUGACUUUCAGAUACUUGCAGACAUAAUAAAUGACAUCUAGACAUGGGGACAAUUCCCUCACUAUGUUCUUUUCUAUAUGAUGAAACAGAGAUCACUGACUGUACCAGAAGCAUGGGUUUUCACCCACACAGUAAUGGACUGCUCUUUUCUGUACUGCACCAGUUGAAUUUGAAGAUGUGGGGAGGCAUUUUACCAAUACAAUUUGGUACACUGGUAGAAAAUCUACAAUAAAAAAUCUCAAACCAUU